AUGAAACUUAUUUUCUAUUUGGCCAUCCUAGCUGGAACAGCUUUAUUCACGCACUCAUAUGUGCAGAAAGAGGACCCUGCUCCUUACUUAGCAUACCUCAAGUCCAACUUCAACCCUUGUGUGGGUGUCCUCAUCAAGGCUAGCUGGGUGCUGGCCCCAUCCCACUGCUAUUUACCAAAUCUGAGGGUGAUGCUGGGAAAUUUCAAGAGCAGAAUCAGAGAUGGGACAGAGCAGAUAAUUUAUCCCAUCCAGAUUAUCCGCUACUGGAACUACAGCCACACAGCCCCACAGGAUGACCUCAUGCUUAUUAAACUAGCUAAGCCUGCCACCUUCAACCACAAAGUCCAGGUUCUUCCCAUAGCCACCACCAAUGUCCGGCCAGGCACUGUCUGUACACUUUCAGGUUUGGACUGGAGUCAAGAAAACAAUGGCAGACAUCCUGACUUAAGGCAGAAUCUGGAGGCUCCGGUGAUGGCUGACAGAGACUGCCAGAAAACUCAACAAGGAAGCAGCCACAGAAACUCCUUAUGUGUCAAAUUUGUAAAAGUAUUCAGCCGUAUUUUUGGGGAAGUGGCCGUAGCUACUGUCAUUUGUAAGGGCAAGCUCCAGGGAAUUGAAGUUGGACACUUCAUGGGAGGAGACGUUGGCAUCUACACCAAUAUCUACACAUACAUACCAUGGAUUGAAAAAACCAUUAAGGACAAGGUGAAGUGA